UGUUGGGACAGAGGUACCGCAGUCUGAAAGCCCCACCGUCCGGCGUCCGAAAAAACGAAAGGAGUUCACAAGUUUCGUACCUCUUGCGCCACUGGGGAAAGUAGAAAUUGAAUGGAAUGGAGCAACAAAGAGUCACAGGCCCUUUCUUUAGCAACAAAUAGAAAGGGCACUUGUGGGUAGAUGCAGGUACGUAUUGAUACCAUCCGUCAUGUGGAAGUGGAUUUCAGAUACGGUGGGCCCCCCAUUGGGUUUUGCCACCACCGAUGGUAUGCUCACAAAGGAGCAGGUGCUGGACUUUUGCAGAUUGAACCUGGCUGCCCUUGAAAAGCCAGAAGUGAAGCAGAGGAUUGCUGAACACUUCAAAGCUGGAGAGCAGGCCGCGGAAAUGACAACCAAGGUCCAGGAGGAGAUUUUCAGCUCCAUGGGGAUCGAACCAAAGUUCGGCAUAUCUUGCUUGGGGCGUGUUGGGUCUGUUUUCAGGAAUGAUCAAGAAGUCAUGAUGAACUUUAUGGAGCUGAUAGGAAGGGAGGAGUUGGCGUGCGAUGAGGCGGAGAAACCUGAAGAGUUCAGGAAAAAGAUGGAACUCAUGCAGAAGAUGCAUGAACAGCAAGUUGCAAUGGAGGAGCAUCUGAAGGGGAAAUCACCAGAGGAGCGGUUGGCCUUCAUCCAAAAUAUGCAACGACAAAUGCAACAAAGCAAGACGCAAACCGGGGUAGGAGGGAACAAUGUUGUAAGCCCUCAAGAGCAACUGCAUUUCUUCCAACAGCAGUAUGCACAGUCAGGGCCCUCUCAACCAAGCAGAGCAGCUUCCUCUAGUGAUAGGGCUCAGAACACAAGCAACGUGGUACAAAGACGGUAACAUGAGCAUCGGGCUUUCAGUAGCGUCAUGAUCAGUCCGGAGUGUAAAUAGACGUCAACUCGUUUUCGCCUGGAGCGGGUGUUAGAUCCCGGGACCAACUUAAGUAUCCAUGCAUGUUCACCCGGCAGUAUGUAAAUACUGACAGGUUCGCGGGCUCGUCCCUGCCUAUUACAUGCAGGCGUGCUUCAGGUU